AUGGACAAGAUAUUGCAAUUAUUUUGUAGAUUGCAACAAACUUUUUUAAUUAAUAACAUAAAUAAUAUUAUCUUAAAGCCACAGCAAGUUAAAUGUUUUGAGCAUCUUUUAAAUGGAUAUGAUGUUAUUGGUGUUUUACCUACUGGAUUUGGGAAAUCCUUGUUGUUUCAUUUGUUGGCAGACUUUUUGCCAAGAAAGAGUGUCCAAAAUAUAGUAUUGGUGGUGUGCCCUCUUAAUUCUAUCAUAGAGGACCAGUUGAAAGUUUUAGAAGUGAGAGGUACUGGUGCUGGGGUGCUUCAUUUGGAGCUAACAGUUGUGCCUGAAAAAUUGUUUUCGUGUGAUGAGAAUGGUGAGCCUGAAAUACCAAUUUCAAUUAACAAUGGCGAAUUAAAACUAGUAUUUGCUCACCCAGAAUCUCUGCUUAGUGUCAGAGGACGAGAAUUGCUAAAAAGUUCUGUUUACCAAGAAAAUGUUGUCAGUUGUGUUAUAGAUGAAGCACAUUGUGUAGCUAAGCAUGUGGUAAGUAAAAACACUCCAGUGAAUCAUUUUUUUUGUGUUUUUUUUAAAAAAAAGACAGGGCUGGCGAACACUUUUAUGCCAGAAACGAAUUUUAAAAUGUUUGUUAUGCGACAAUGUAAAACUUUAUUUUGGAUGUUGUCUCCACUUCACGAAUCAAUUCGCCUACCCUGA